CAUGUAGCCUGUGCAUGAAGUUGUCAAUGUGAUAAAACUGUGUGCACACUGGGUAAUAGUUGAAAUUGAAAACAGUUUGAUAUUUUUAAUUUAAACUUUGCGCGAUUGUCUUAAAUUGUGUGGUGCAGUUUGCAGAUGAAUUGAGUGAACAUGUAUUAAUUUAUGGUUUCAAUGUGUAACAGAGUGGUGUGCUUUAUUUUGAAGGAAGUUAUCUAACAAUGCAAUUGUAAGGUCAUAGUUUAAGGUUUAAGUCAGUCAAAUAUUAAUUAGCGUGAAAGAACAUUAUUAUAACACAGUGACAUGAAAACAACCACAAAGGAUAGAAGACAACAAAACUGAGGAAAUAGAUGUAUUACGUUGUACAAAAAGACACAGCUCAUUGUUUAUAAUGACUUUGGAAAAGAAGGAAUUCAAUCAUAGAUUGAAAGGUGUUAUUGAAUAAGUGACCAUUUUAAGGCUACUUUCAGUUUAGUCUGUAGUAUGGGAUAUUUCUAUUAUUGUUUCAACUCUGCAAAUUAACACUUUUGGUACAGAAUUUUAAAAAUAUAACAUCAGGAUGUUAAGGAGUUCAAUGGAAAACAUUGCAGAGGGAUUGUUGAUCUCGGACAACGCACGGCGCAAAUUUUCGGCCGCAGUCGACAAGCAGAAUGUCAUCGCCAAGACAGCCAUUCAAUCACUGGACUCGCUCAAUGACCAGAUAGUUCAGUUCAUCUUCAGCUCAGUGCGCCAUGACAACCAUUGUAGCGAUGAAAAGGACCUAGGGCCCAACGAACAGCAGACGCUCCACUCGUCUAUGGUCUUGAUCAGGAAACUUCUGCAGGACGCCCAAUCGAAAUUCAGAACCAUGGUGGAAGACAACAAACAGCUGGCGGCGAAAAUUGAUGGAUCUAUUAACACAGCCAAUCAGGAAGUGAGCGCGCUUAGAGCAGAGCUGGAGGAUACCAACAAGCGGUUGUCACAGAUGAGCGAUACAGAACUGCUGAAGAAAGACUGCGGCAGUUCAGAGGGGGAAUCAGAUAUUGAAGACUCCAACAAGGAAAAGCUGGACAAGGAAAAUGAACUCCGUCAGCUCAAGGAGGAUAAUCAGAAAUUAGAGACCACAGUUCGCUCCCUUUCAAGGGAAAUCAGUGAGUUGCGGACCCUGAAGGUCGUCAAUAGCAACCAUCCGAGCUACGGGGAGUUGAAACUGGAUCUAAUUCAGACAAAGCAGGAUUUGAACAGGGCUAAAGAGGCAUUAGCAGCUCUGAAGGCGGACCGUAAGCGCCUCAAGGGAGAGAAGCUGGAGCUGCUGAACCAGAUGAAGCAGUUGUACACGACCCUCGAGGACAAGGAGGCGGAGUUACGGGACUUUAUGCGCAACUAUGAGCAGCGAAUGAGAGAGGGGGAUGAGACAAUCAAACAGCUGCUGAUAGAGAAGGAUCAAUGGGACCAUGAAAAGUGGGAGAUAAUCCAGAAGGCUCGUCAGGCAGCAGAGCAGGCCGUGUACCUGCAGACCCAGUCUGAGAGUCGGGAGGACCACAUCUGUAAGCUGGAGAACGAAAUCACAGAGUUGCGGGAGCAGGUUCACCAUGGUACCCAGUACUCGCUGGAGCUACCCUGCAUCCCCAAGUCCCUUGACUCCCCGUCUCCCACAAGUGAUGAACUGCCACCCUACGAUACCCCACCACCAUACCAUGGCAGCAAUGAUAGCUCAAAAGAAGAUUGCUUCAGAGUUCCCACCAGCACACCAAAGAUUUCCAACAAGCAUGACCGCAGUGACUCAUUUGCCCCGCUGAACCAGUUCCUGGAAAAUAAUCACUUCCUGUUGGAUCCUGAUCGCUCUACCGACAGCCUCGACUCUUCAAUGGAGGUGAAAAAGAAGAAGAGAAAGAGUCUUGGGUCAUCCAUAUCAAAAGUGUUCUCCCGGGGAAAGUCUAGAAAAUCCAUCACCAUUGCAACUGUGGAUCCUGAAGAAUUGCCUGCAAACACUAGAAUCACAUUGCUGAAUUCUGAGAACUAUCAAGAGAAGCUAAAAAUAGUCGACCAAUUGAAAUGCAGUCACAUGUCAUCUUGGAAAGCCAAUCAGGUUCUGGCAUGGGUGGAGAUAGUGCUGAACAUGCCUAUGUAUGGCAUCAAAUGUGCAUCAAAUAUAAAGAGCGGAAAGGUGUUGCUGGGUAUGAGUGACAGUGACCUGGCCUCCUCGCUGGAUAUCAAGAACCCCCUGCACAGGAAGAAGCUCCGUCUGGCCAUAGAGGAACAGAGGACCCUUACCAUAGGCACAUGUCCAAAGUGUUCUUUACUGGACCACACCUGGAUUGCCCACAAGUGGUUACACGACAUCGGAUUGCCUCAGUUCUCUCCCUUGUUUGAGAGUAACCUUGUGGAUGGUAGGAUGCUGUGUAGCCUUUCGCGAAAGGACAUGGAGAAGCAUCUGAACGUACACGGGAAAUUCCACCAAUCCAGUAUUCUACAUGGCGUCCAAUUGUUACGGAGACUGGGCUUUGAUAAAGAGGUUCUUACAGAGAGACGACAUAAGGCUGACACGUCUUUUACAGACCCCCUGGUGUGGACCAAUCAGCGAGUCAUAGAAUGGGUUCAAAGCAUAGAUCUCGAGGAGUACGCUGACAAACUCCGUGAUUCUGGUGUUCAUGGGGCCCUGAUUGUGUUGGAGCCCACUUUCACUGCAGACACGCUGGCCACCUGCCUGUCAGUGCCCCACUCCAAACGCUACGUGAGGCGACACCUACAGACCGAACUCGAGUCACUAGUCAAGCCUGCCAGAGAGGAGAUAGUUUUGAAAAGAUCCGGUCAAAAAGACAGCCUUACAGUCAGUCAGUCUAAAUCUAGAAUGACCCUAAGGGGAUCUUUGGGUCGAGCAUUUGGGAAGAAAGUGAAAGAAGAGCUCAACAAGCAACCCUGGGACAUGGAGCUUGACUCACCCAAAGUGAAACGCACGUCUGCCCCCAUCGUUGUCGAGAGCAACGAUGACGAUAUUCCGGAUCAGAUCAAGGAGCUUGAUGAGGCUAUCAAGCAGGCGUCUUCAUGAUCAGGAUGGUGUUAAAAAUAGAAUGGUAAAUCAAAAAUUGAAUUUCUGGUCCGAACAAUUUCGAUCCGUGUGGAUUGUUGCUUGCUUUAAGGUGCAAGUGUGUGUCUAAAAUAAACCAAAAAUACAGUUUCUUUUAAAGAUUAACUGGAUGCUGAGGUCUUUCUUGAUUUGUCUUGCUUUAUGUCACUUUUGUACUUACGAACCACAUUAAACAUUGCAAGCUUCUGGAUAGACUAAAAACAUUAUGAAAUAUGUUUAUAGGCUAGAUUUUUGUUCAAAAUCGCCUCCUUACAUUUUAAGGAUUUAUAGAUAAUUGAUAAUAAGGAUGAAUUAAAUGUAAAUGUGCAGAUUUGUUCACCAUAAAGCAAAUUUUACAUUAAUUAUUCUAGUGUGUUUUUUAACAAAUUGUUUGCUCAAUUUAAACAGUCUCUUUUAAUUUUCACCUUUGGAAAAAUAUUGAAUUAUUGUAAAAAUAUUUGAUGCUGUAUGACUUAAAUAUUGUUGAGUCCUUUAUGUCUUUUUGAAUAAGUUGUAUGUUCGAACGGUGAAAAUUACCCAAAUGAUAAGAAAUUAUAUGUUAAAUGUGCAAUUUUCAUAUAUGUUUUUUCUUUUAACUGGUAUGCAAUUUACAAUCAUUUAUCAAUAUUAAACAUUUUAAAGUUCAAGUUAUUUUUAUAGCUGACAUUAACUUUAGUGCUUAUGUUCAAAGUGGUUAACUUAGUUCUUUUAAGUUCAGCUGAAUUUUAUUUAAUAGUAGUGCUAGCUUUUUGAAUGUAUUGCUUUAUUAUAUUUUAGCUAGGGAACUAGUAGAGAAUGUAAUGGAAACUUGUACAAUGUAUGAAAUAAAUCUGUGUUCAUUAAUAUUGUGCAAAUUUCAACCAGCAGUAUUCUAUUAUUCAAGUGCACUGUUUGUUGCUGCAAUUAGUUGUAUAAAGUGUAGCUCUUUGUAUGUUUUUGAGUGUCAAAUAUGUCACUGACUGUCUGUUAUUAAGCACUUACAAAAUGGCAAUUUAUUAUGUGACCAUGACAUGUGAUAACGUGAUAGAACCAUUUUUCCUGGAAUCUCACAUUUUUUCUGCUUGUGUUUAUUUGUUAUUAUUUUAUAGUGUAAUGGAACACCUUAUUCUGUGAACAUUUAUGUGUGACAUAAUAAUUAUAAUAAUGACAAAAUCCUAUAUUAUAAUUAACAAUGUUUGGUGUACCAUUAGAAAUACCGUAGUUACUAUCUUGCUAAUUGUAAAUUAAUUUGCAAUUAUGCAGUUACUGUAAAUCCUGUACUAUUGUCAUAUUCAAGCUUGUUAGUGACGAUAUAGUUUGAAAAAAGAACUACUUUCAUUUUUUAAAUAAAAUGAAGACUGGUCAGAGAUUAAUUUUAUUUAACCAGCAUUAUAGAGGCAACUGGUAAAGUAAUGCAACUCGUGCUUCACCUUUUCAGAGUGAAGUUGGAUUGGAUUGUCUCCCUUCAUGUUAAAUGUUUACUUAUACUAAACAUAAUUUACUUGUACUCGAAAAAACAAAGAUCUAUAAACAUGCAAUUACUUGAUAGAUCUUUGGAAUAAAUAACAUGACCUGUUGCAAUAUUUUGAAAAAAAACAAGCCCGCUCUACAAAGCAGAUACAUCUCCUGACAAUCAAACUUACUACAGGCUCUUCCUAAAAGAAAUAUUGUCAUAUCUUUUAUGUAUAUUGCCUCAUAAUCACCACAUAUGAAACGAUGUCGUUCAAAUUGUUCUAUUUUUCCCGAAGUUAUCAUGACACAAAUCUUUAUUGUAAUCUAAUCAUUGUAUUUAAAGCUCAUUUAUUUGUUCAAUUUUACAAUGUGGAAAGAAUAUCCAUAUAUGCACGUUAUAUGAAUAAAAAUAUUUAUAUAAGUUGUAAAUAUUCUUGUGAAAUCAUGUAAGUUAUCAGAAUUCGUUUUAGUCCACGUGUAUUUUACGUUAUGAUAUAGUUGUUUUAGGUGUUGUUACACCCUAUGUCCUGUGCAGUAGUUAACAUUUCCAUUUACAUAUUGUCCUAUUUGUUCAUGUUUGUAUGUGUAUUUUUUGUUUGUUUUACUUGUUGUCUGUUGUUUUAGUAACCCGGUUCUGAUUUACACACAUGUGACAAUUAACAGUACUCCUUGUCUGAAAGCAGCUUUGGAAAAGGCCACAGAUGGUAUAUAUCAGAGCCACUCGGUCGGACAGUUGGUUCGUCCUCAUAAAAAGAUAUAUACAUGUAUUUGUGGAGCGAACAAACUAAAAAUUUGUCUUCAGUCCGGUUCGUCCUCAUAAAAAUGUUAUAUAUUUGUGGAGCAAACAACUGUUCUCAAACUGAUUUAAUUAAAACUAAGAAUAUGUCUUCAAAAUGCCAUGUUGUUUUGCAUGACACUUUUUUCACCUCAGAAAUUACUCAUUCUGAAGUUAUUUUCCCUUGAACAGACCUGACUAAGUGGAUCUGCAGUUUUAGCAACAUUUGUGUAAAAGUAUUCGUUAUGAAUUGUAUUUGCCAUUUUAACUAUUUUAAUCAGAUCAAAUCACAAUUUAUUGAUUAAUGUGCCUUUCAUAUGUUUAUUCUUAAAGACUAAAAUAUUUUUUAAGAGACUUGACAUAAAAAAAGAGAUUUGAUAUAAAAAAGGCAUUUAAUUGAGCAAUUUGUUAUGAAACAAGUAAUACAUUCUUAGUGACAUUAUUAUAAUGUUUUGUUAAUUAAUUUUUGUUUUGGUAAGUCUUUUUUUCUCUCUGUCAAGUUAUGUUGUCAAUAACAUUGAAACAAUAUUUUCAGAAUAUUAAUCAUUCAGAUGUUGCCAUUUUUAUAUAUCUUACUUACAUUUUUAAUAAUGUACUGUUCCGUCAGAGCAGACAUUGUUGAAAUAACACCCGAUGGUAUUGUUAAAUAUGCGCCCAAUUGUACAUACUAUUAUAAUUGUAUAUAAUAUUUUAGUUGAUGUUAACAUACAGUUUUAAUGUUUUAUUGUUACUAUUUAUGGAUACAGUAAUAAACGACAAAAACAA